AUGCACGCUCAACUUCACGGCGUCACCUUUCCUCGCGCGUCGUUACCCGCAUCCGCGCACUCGUUCGGUUCAGCCCAGAUCCUCUCUUAUCCUCUGCCUCAAACCCCCCCUCGCCCCCUCACCCCCUCGUCCCCUCGCUCCCUCGCCUCCUCGCCCCCUCACCCCCUCGUCCCUUCGCUCCCUCGCCUCCUCGCCCCCUCGCCCCCUCGUCCCCUCGUCCCCUCUCGUCUCCGGUCAGGCAUCUUGGCGUCAAGCGACACAGCAGCAGCCAUCAAGGCGAGACUCGCAGCCAUCUCGGCGUAUGCAAGCUCGCAAGGCCUCACAGGAGCUAUGGCCCUUCCCAGUCUCCACAGAUUACGGCAGUCACUGAGUGAUCAGCUCAAUCCUCUGGGCGGGCGCGCAUUCCGUGUGUUUUACAAGUUUGUGUUCUUCAUGAGCCGAGAGCAGGGGCAGAAGGGCGUAGACGUGGCAACAGCUGUGGAGGCGUGGAGAUUUGCCCUAGCGGGUGUCUUCCCCCUUGUGGAUUCUUGGUGUGACUUUGUCCCGCUGCACCAGCGGUAUGCAGUCUCAGAGGACACGUGGCAGCAGGUGCUGGAUUUCAGCUGCACGAUUGGCGCUGACCUCAGCAUGUAUGACUCGGAUGGGGCAUGGCCAGUGCUGAUUGAUGAGUUUGUGGAAUGCUACUCCAGGUAUAGCAAGGCACUGUGGGGACUAGUGAGUGGAAGCGGCUUCAGGUAUGCCUUAUGCUCUAUCUGUCUCAGGUUUCACCAGCAGCUAAUGGGGUUUGCUGCCAUUUGCUCCUCGGUGCUCCUGCGUUCUCCCUCGUCCCAUGCAUUUCGCCUGCGCACCAUGGACAGUGGAAGCGGCUUCAGGUAUGCCUUAUGCUCUGUGUGUCUCAGGUGUGUUGAGUAA